AUGUCUGACUCAAACAUAACUUUCUACUGUCUUUCAUCCAUUCUUUCUCUUCUUCUCAUCUUCAUUCUCAUCAAAAGAAAACAAACCAAACCCAAACUCAAUCUUCCUCCAGGAAAAAUGGGUUGGCCUUUUCUUGGUGAAACCAUUGGUUACUUGAAACCUUAUUCUGCUACAACAAUAGGUGAAUUCAUGGAACAACACAUAGCAAGGUAUGGUAAAAUUUAUAAGUCAAAAUUGUUUGGUGAACCAGCUAUAGUUUCAGCAGAUGCUGGGUUGAAUAGGUUCAUAUUACAGAAUGAAGGAAAAUUAUUUGAGUGUAGCUACCCUAGAAGCAUUGGUGGAAUACUUGGGAAAUGGUCUAUGUUGGUUUUGGUUGGUGACAUGCACAGAGACAUGCGUGUUAUAUCUCUCAAUUUUUUGAGUCAUGCUAGACUUAGAACACAUCUUUUGAAAGAGGUUGAGAAACACACUCUUCUUGUUUUGAGUUCUUGGAAGGAAAAAUCCUCAUUUGCAGCUCAAGAUGAAGCCAAAAAGUUCACAUUUAAUUUAAUGGCAGAGCACAUUAUGAGUUUGCAACCUGGGGAGAUAGAGACAGAGAAAUUAAAGAAAGAGUAUGUUACUUUUAUGAAAGGUGUUGUAUCAGCACCAUUGAAUUUUCCUGGAACUGCAUACUGGAAAGCAUUAAAGUCUAGGUGCAAAAUAUUGAAGUUGAUAGAGGAAAAAAUGGAAGCAAGGAUGAAAAGAAUGAAAGAUGGAAAUGAAAAUUUGGAGGAAGAUGAUCUUUUGAAUUGGGUUUUGAAACAUUCAAAUCUUUCAACAGAGCAAAUUCUUGACUUGAUUCUGAGUUUGCUUUUUGCUGGCCAUGAAACUUCUUCUGUUUCUAUAGCUUUGGCUAUUUACUUUCUUCCUGGUUGCCCUCAAGCUAUACAACAGUUAAGGGAAGAACACAGAGAAAUUGCCAGAGUCAAAAAGCAAGCAGGGGAAACAGAACUGACUUGGGAAGACUACAAAAAAAUGGAAUUUACUCAUUGUGUUGUGAAUGAAACACUUAGGCUAGGUAAUGUUGUGAGGUUCCUUCAUAGGAAAGCUCUUAAAGAUGUUCGGUACAAAGGUUAUGAUAUUCCUUGUGGGUGGAAAGUCCUCCCAGUUAUUGCAGCCGUGCAUUUGGAUCCAUUACUUUUUGACCAACCUCAACACUUCAAUCCAUGGAGAUGGCAGAAUAAUGGAAAUUGCUCCAACGCAAGCAGUAAUAGUAAUAAUAAUAAUAAUUUCUUACCGUUUGGAGGAGGACCACGACUAUGUGCAGGAUCAGAAUUAGCUAAGCUUGAAAUGGCUGUUUUCAUCCACUAUCUCAUCCUCAACUACCAUUGGGAGUUAAUUGAUAAUAAUGAUCAAGCUUUUGCCUACCCUUUUGUCGAUUUUCCUAAAGGCCUACAAAUUCAAGUUCAACCUCAUUAA